UGUCAGUAUUGACCCUGCAACUAGACCACGAAUCACGAUCUUCUCCGAUAAUCUACCUGGAUGUCCCACCAACAUCCGUGGAACCUCCCACGGGACAUACUGGGUAGGAAUAGCUUUGGUGCGACACAGUGGCAUCCCCAACUCAAUGGAUCAGUUCUCAAACAACCCUCAGGCUAGAGCGCGGACAUACUAUACCGACAGUCUGGAAAAAAUUAGAACAUACUACCCCUUUUACGGUUUAGCCGUGGAAGUCAACGACAGGGGUGAAAUCAUCGGGAGUUUGCACGAUCCUACAGGUAGAAUAUUUGCAUCCGUCAGUGAGGCAACAGAAAUUGAAGGUUUGCUGUACAUAGCAUCCGGGAGUACUCCGUUUGUCGCCAGGCUUGUCCUACCAGUUAUCGGCGGUAGAACUAUCACUAAUGACAGCAUUCAACUG